AUGUCUGCUUUUCUUUGCUGCGCGUCCUGGGCGGGAUGUUCCGCCUUGAACUGUUGCGCCAACGCGUUAAACAUCCACCAAAGAGGCGAGAAAUCUUUCAAAUCCGUCUACUUCGUUUCCUAUUUCCUCACGCAAGUUCUCGCGUGGCAGAUGCGAGACAACUACCCGUCCGAAACGAGUUCGAUCGAAAAGUUCACACACACGGAAAUGCAAGGAUGCCAAGGCUCUCGGUGCGCGUACGAAAGCGCGAUGAGAGUGGCGCUCACGAACGUGCUCUUCUUUUCGUGUAUGCUUUUGGUCACGUUUAAAGCGGACGUUCCCGAGACAGAGGAAGAAGAAGAGAAAGAAGAAGGAGAGGACGAGGAAAGACGACAAGCUUUAAAACAAUCGAGAAGAGACCGAUUCGAGAAUUUAAACGUACGAUAUCGCGUGCACGUGGCGUAUUGGCCGUUUAAACUUUUACUCUGGUUGGCUUUUCUUUGCGUCUCGUUUUGGUGGGUGCCGAGCGAGAGCGUCGACGUCGCCUUCCAAGUGUUUCGAUUCGGCGCCGGGGUGUUUUUACUCGUCCAGAUGAUUGUAAUCAUAGCCACGGUGUAUGAGCUGAACGAGUAUUUGGUGGAGAAGGCGGAAGAGGGACGCGCUGGGGCGAUAGCGUUAGUUGUGGGGACGAUUGUCGCGUUCGCGUUGGCGGUGGCGACGUUCGCGUUGAGUUUUACGCGGUACGAUUGCGACGGAGAUAAGACGACAGUCGCGGCACUUUCGAUGGCGAUUGUUUUCGUCGUCAUAUGUUGUGGCUUUAGUUUAAUGGAAGAUAUCCGAGGAGGUUUAUUUACCAGCGCGAUUGUCGCUUUGUACGUGGCGUAUUUGAUGGCGUCGGCGAGCAUGGAAAGAUCGAAAACGUGCAAUUUAGUGGACAACGCGACGAUGCAGAGUAAAGACGAAGAGAUUAUCGAAAUCGUUGGUUUUGUCGUUCAAUUAGGAGUGGUUGCCUUAUCAGCCUUCAAAGCGGCGAGUGGACACAAACGUUUCCAAGGCGUCGCGCACAUUACGGACGACGACGACGAGCACGGCAGCGCCGCGUAUACGUUUUUCCACGGCGUGUUUUUAGUCGCCAGCAUGCACGCCGCGUGUUUAUUAGUCGGGUGGGUAAAAGUAACGCAAGAAGAAGAAGAAAAUAGCGGCGGUACAAAAGCGAUAUCCUCGACGACGGCGGAGAGCUUUUGGAUUAAAGCGACGUGCGCGUAUUUCACCGCGUUUCUUUAUCUCUGGUCGCUCAUCGCCCCGAAAGUGAUGCCCGAUCGAGAGUUUUGA